CCCUAAACCCUCAUGUAUCCGCCCCUGCUUCUGGGCCUUAAGCUGCUAAACCUGGAUUUGAGUGUUGUAGGUACUGAACGUAAGUUGCAGCUGUUGGAGUUGGAGGAAUGGCGUUACCACGCCUACGAGAACACCCUGCUCUACAAAGAGCGGAACAAGCGUCUCCACGACGCUCAGUUUAGGGGCCCGAAGGAGUUUCAGGUAGGUGAUCGUGUUCUGCUCUUCAAUGCACGACUGAAACUCUUCCCGGGAAAGCUACGUUCGAGGUGGUCGGGACCCUUCACGGUCACCCAAGUUUUCCCGCACAGUGCGGUGGAGAUCAGUAAUGCUCAAACUGAGCCAUUCAAGGUGAAUGGCCACCUCUUAAAGGUGUACUUGGGAGGUGUUGUCGAGCGCGCAAAGCUGCUGAUCAAGCUCGAGGACCCUUAGUUCCUCCACUGGCUUCCAGCUAAAAGACUGUAAAGAAGCGCUUGUGGGGAGGCAACCCCACCUAGG